AUGGCCGACCAAGCACGAGACCGCAUCGAGGCCCUGGGCAAGCAGCUCGGCCUACCUCCUAUCCAGCGCAAGGCUGGCCCCUCCAACGGACUUCGCCUCGAGGGCAAGGUCGCCAUCAUCACAGGCGCCAAUUCACCCAUGGGCAUCGGCCGCGCCACCGCCCACCAGUACGCGGAGAGCGGCGCCAAGGCCAUCUACAUUUGCGACUUUGAUGGCACUCACUUGGAGAGUCACAAGAAGCAAAUCAACGCCGCCUAUCCUUCUGUAGAUGUUCAUGUUCGUCAGUUUGACGCUGGCGAUGAAGACAAGGUCAAGGCCGUCAUCGACGAUGCUCUGGCCCAAUACAAGCGCCUGGACAUCUUCUUUGCCAAUGCCGGCAUCAUCGGCAAAUAUGGCAUGUUUACCGACUACACAGAGCAAGACUUCUUGGAAGUCAUGAGAACAAAUUCUUGGAGUGUCGUCGCGGCCGCCAAGCAUGCCGCUCCAGCGAUGCAAAAGACCUCUGCAGAGAAGCCCGAGUCUAACGGCAGCAUCAUUGCCACUGCUUCCGUAGCUGGCAUCCGCUCCAAUGCGGGCACCACUCCCUAUGCGGCCUCCAAGGCCGCCGUCAUCAAUACUGCCCAGACAAUCGCCUACCAGCUCGCCGGAACUAACAUCCGCAUCAAUGCCAUCUGCCCGGGUAUCAUCGAGACCGGCAUGACGGCGCCCGUGUAUGAGUCUGCACGUGCACGCGGUACCGACAAGAAGAUUGGUCAGGUCAACCCCUUGAAGCGCGGUGCCCAUGCCGACGAAGUAGCGCGGGUUGCCUUGUUCUUGGGUAGUGAUGAAUCCAGCUACGUGAACGGUCAGGCUUGGGCUGUGGACGGUGGAUUGAGUGCCGGCCAUCCAUAUAUCCUUGGGAAGAUGGCUUAG